CGCAAAAAAAAAGGGAAUUCCAAAUCGAUUUUUUUUUCUUCCUUUCAGUUCUCUCAUAUAUGAUCUCUCUCUUUCUAUCGUCUCUCUGUAAUUUGAUCGGUCGGAAUCUGAAAUCAAAAAUACUAAUAUCACGACAAUGAGCGACAGCGAUGAGGAGGAGGUAUCGCAGGUGGCGUCGAAAGGUAAAUCGCGUAAAUCUAAGGCGAAAAAAUCUUCAAAACCAAAACCUGUAGCUAAUUUCAUGCAAACGCUGGGGUUACCUAAAAUAAGCCAUAAAACCAAGCCACAACAUCGCAAAGAGCCCUCCGAGGAUUCGGAUGAUGACUCUGAGGAAUUGCUUAGUAUAUCAUCCGGGGAUGAAGAUGCUGGUGAUGGUGAUCAGAAGAACUCAAACGGAGGUGGUGGUAAGGAUGACGAUACACUCUUCGAAGGGGAACCUACUAAAUGGAAACAAGUCAAUGAAUCCGAGCUUGCUCGAAGGGUUCGUGAUAUGAGGGAAUCGAAAGUUGUUACAGUAACUCAAAAAAUUGAGAGGAAACAAACGACAACUGCAAAAGGGCUCAAUACUGUACAGUCAUUGCCACGUGGCAUGGAGUGUAUAGAUCCUCUAGGAGUGGGGAUUAUAGACAACAGAACAUUGAGGUUGAUUGAUGAACGUUCAUUAAAUUCUCCACCCAAGUCAGAGAGAGUGAAUUCAGACCUUCGAGAGAGGUUGAUGUUUUUCUCAGAGAGGUUUGAUCCGAAAUUAUUCCUUACCCGCAUACACCAAUUCACUGCUGCAGCAGACUUGGAGUCUGGUGCUGUGGCUUUGAAAAGUGACCUGUUGGGUCGCACUCAAGAUAGAAAACAGCUUGUGAAAGAAAAUUUUGAUUGCUUUGUCUCUUGCAAAACCACUAUUGAUGAUAUCGAGUCGAAACUGAAAAGGAUAGAGGAAGAUCCUGAUGGUUGUGGAACCUCUCAUCUGUAUACUAGUGUGGAAAAAGUGAAUUCAGUGGCUAAUCGGGCUUUUGAACCCCUACUUGAAAGACAGGCUCAAGCAGAGAAAAUCAGGGCAGUUCAAGGAACGCUUCAGAGGUUCCGGACUUUAUUCAGUUUGCCUGGUGCCAUCCGUGGGAAUAUUAGUAAGGGGGAAUAUGACUUGGCAGUCAGAGAAUACAACAAAGCAAAGUCAAUUGCCCUCCCUUCUCAUGUUGGAAUAUUAAAACGUGUCCUUGAGGAGGUUGAAAAGGUGAUGGAUUCAUUUAAAACCAUGCUUUACCAGUCUAUGGAAGAUCCACAGAUAGAUGUAACAAAUCUUGAGAAUGUGGUGAGACUUCUGUUGGAGCUGGAACCUGGAUCAGAUCCUGUAAGGCGUUAUUUUACUAUACAGAAUCGCAGGAUUCGAAGUUUGCUUGAGAUGUGCACAUUGGAUCAUGAAUUAAGGAUGGAAAACUUACAAGAUAAGCUACAUGAGAAAGCAUUGUCAGAUGAAAAGUGGAAGAAAAUCCAGCAAGACUUACAUGAAUCUGAAGAUGGUGAUUCCACCCUCCAACAUGCAAACAACUUGUUGGUAGAUUCACAACAAAGUGAUUUAAGUUGUGUAGAGCUUGAUGCUCUCAGAGGAAGAUAUAUAAGAAGAUUAACAGCUGUAAUUAUCCAUCACAUACCAGCUUUGUGGAAAGUUGCCCUUUCUGUUUCAAGUGGAAAAUUUGCAAAGGUUUCUUCUGAACAAAAUAAAACAGGGGAAAAAACAGAAGGAAGAUACUCUAGUCAUUCUCUUGAUAUUGUGUCUGGAAUGAUACACAAUACUGUAUCAGCAUAUGAAUCCAAGGUUCAGGGAUCAUUUAAUGAUCUUGAGGAGUCGAAUGUUCUUUUCCCAUAUAUGAGUGAUGCAAUAAUGGAUAUAUCUAAAGCAUGUCAAGCAUUUGAAGCAAAAGAAGCAGCACCAACAAUUGCAGCAGUUGAAUCUCUUCAGGCACUUCUGUUUGAUAGCACAAAAAUUUAUAUACUAAGGCUUUGUUCAUGGAUGCGAACUUCAAUUGAAGAGAUUUCUAAAAAUGAAUCGUGGGUCCCAGUGACUGUUUUAGAAAGGAACAAAUCUCAGUAUGCUAUUUCUUCCUUCCCAUUAGCCUUUCGUUCAGUGAUGGCAUCUGCAAUGGAUCAGAUUGAUAUGAUGAUGAAGUCUUUAAGGAAUGAAGCGACAUCAGAAGAUACCCUUAUGUUGCUUCAAGAAGCUCAAGAAUCUGUUAGGCUUUCAUUUUUCAAUUGUCUACUAGGGUUUGCUGGCCACAUGGAGCAGAUUGGAGGUGAGAUUGGAGAGAAUAUAUCAAACCAAGAAAACUCAUCCAUUCCUUGUGUUUUUGAAGAAAAUUCAUUUGAAAGUAUUAAUGAUCCACAUCAACAGCUGUUGAUGGUUUUAAGUAAUAUUGGAUUUUGUAAAGUUGAUCUUUCUCGUGAGAUGUACAAUAACUACAACCAUGUUUGGCUGCAGGCAAGGGGAAGAGAAGAUGAUGACAAGGAUAGAGAAGAAUUGGAUGAGUCUUUCUCUCUGCUUGAAGAGAAAGUCCUUGCACAAUAUACUUUUGCAAAGGCACAUUAUAUUAGAACAGCUGCUACAAACUAUUUGUUAGAUGCUGGAUUACAAUGGGGAGGAGCUCCAGCUGUAAAAGGUGUAAGGGACCCUGCUGUCGAGUUAAUGCACACUCUUGUUGCUGUUCAUGCUGAGGUGUUUGCUGGUUGUGAGCCCUUGCUUGACAAAACCCUUGGAAUACUUGUGGAAGGUCUAAUUGACACAUUACUCAACCUUUUUCGUGAACAUCAAGACACGGAUCUUAAGCUUUUGGAUGCAAAUGGAUAUUGCCAACUCAUGCUUGAGCUUGAGUACUUUGAGACAAUAUUAAAUCAGUAUUUCACAUCGGAUGCAAGUGAAUCACUAAAAUCACUACAAGGGAUUUUAUUAGAGAAAGCCAUGGAAGGUUCCCCUGAAGCUAGUGAUUCUCCGAGUCAGCGACGCGGAAGUGAUGAAGCAGAUGAUAAACAACAAAUCCCUUUAUCACCCGAUGACCUCAUAGCUCUUGCUCAACAGUGUAGCAGUGAACUGCUACAAUCUGAGCUUGAGAGGACUCGGAUAAACACAGCAUGUUUUAUGGAGUCGUUUCCAUUGGAGUUUGCUCCAGAAUCGGUGAAAGUAGCUUAUGCUUCGUUUAGAGGCUCAAUGGAUGCUUCCAGUGGGAUUUUUGUGGGCGCACAAGCUAUAGUCGCUGCUCAUAGAUGGAGAUGAUUUUAUGAUUCAAGUUGCUUGUAGGAGGAAACAAGUUUUUUUAUUCAUAUUUAUUAUUUAAAUUUGGGA